UCAGCCCCAGGCAGAAACACCGAGUGGUGACCUGUCCUUGUCUCAGACCCAACUUCAGCGAGCUGGAUUAUCACAAAAAUGUAUAAAACUGUUCUAAUUUCCUUUCUUGCCAGGCCCGAGCGCCGCUGGAGGUUGCAGCCCCGCGGGCAGAGCACUGAGGAACAUUUGCCUCCACGUCAGCUCCUGUUAGCCUGGAAGGGACCAUACCCUGUCCCUCUGCAUCACAGGGCUUCCAGAGCCAGACCAAGAGCUGGCGAGAACAGCACAGGUGCCUGCAAGGACGUGGCCACACCACAGACGUGCUCCCCAGGACGGGCAGGGCCCCUGCUCCCAAUCCAUCACCGCAGCACCCCGCGAGCCGCCGGCAGCACCCCGAGUGUCCCCGCUGGCUGCCGGGAAGGAACCACUCUCCCUCCACCACCACUGCUCGUUUUACCAGCUUGGGCCCUUAAGCUUAUGGAAGAUACCGACGGCAAAGAGCGACAUGAAGCCAGGAGGUGUCCCGGAGGGCAGCGUGGAGCCCAGCAGGGCAGGGAGAGGAGGUUCCCAGCCUCUCCCACCACAUCCCAAGCCCCCGGGGUCCAGCGGGCUCUGAUAAAUCCCGGCUCACGAAGAAGCACUGAAGCCGGCCAAGAGAGCGAUUCGCAUUUCGCACUUGUGCAAGAAUUUAAUGCAGCGGGAGCAGAGGAAAGCCGUGGAGCUGCCGGGACCUCGGUGUGCCGAGCUGGGCAGCAUCGGGCGUGCCGAGAGCCCGCAGCGAAACCAUCGCUCCCUCGGCACCGCCAGAGCCCUCCACCGAAAAAGCGGCAGUUUGGGGCUUGUUGGGGCAUGAAAAUCCAAGCGGUUCCCCCAGCGUGCGACUGCCGGGGCUCUCCCCGCCUGCCUCCGGCGCCGGCGAGGCGUGGGCGGCGAGCGGAGCGCGCCCCGAGAACCGCCAUGAGCUCCUCGGAGGAGAGGGAAACGCUUCUGACAGGCAGCUGCCGCACACAACCGGCAGCGGGGCCGCCGCUCGCUGCCACAUGGGGACAGACAGACAGACAGACAGACGGGCACGCGCGCGGCUGGGGUGGGGUUGGGGGCGGCGGGCAAGGCAAUCUCCCCCAGCCCGAGCUUCCCCGCUGCCGCCGCGACCUCUGGCUCUGA